UAGCAAGAACACAGAAGAGAAAAAGCACAUGCACUGCUAGGUGUGUCUUAAAUUUAAGAAAUUUAAGUUUGAAAUUUGGGUUUUAAGCUUCAGAGGCUUGUUGGGACCUAUCAAUAGAAAUUUGAUGAUGAUGCAGGUAAAACGUAUACCUAAUCGCAAGCGAAGAUCUUUAAAGCAUGUAAGAAGUGUUGCGUCUUUUGCUUUUAUCUUCUGUGUCGAUAUCAACUUUAAAUGACGAUAACACAGAAGCUGAUAAAUCACGAUGAUUUUCAUCAUAUUUAUUUUUUGCUUAACGGAUUUUUCAGCCGUCAACUGUGAUGAUUUCAUACCAGCAAAUUAUUCCAAAGACUUACCACCGGAGCCUGUGGAGGAAGACGGACGGCACCAUGUAAAUAUAUCUGUUCAGUUUAUUAACUUCAUGGAUGUUAAUGAAUUAGACGGGUUUAUACAAUUUUCUUGCUUCUUCCGAGUAGUUUGGAUUGACUCGCGGCUGGGCCUUCAAAAUACAUCAAGAAAUUUUCCACUACGAAUUCCAGAAGAUGUUGCUGAUAUGCUAUGGCGACCGGAUGUUGUCACUGAAAACGUGCGACAAGUUGUCAGAAACGGCAUCAUCAAGCCCACGAUUUACACAGGCAGAUUUUGGGGACAGAAGAUGUUCGCUUCAAAGUACUUGUCCCUGCGAAUCGGCUGCUCAUUCCAGUACCAAGGCUAUCCUCUCGACGUUCAAGUGUGUCGUCUCCAUUUUACUGAUAUCGGCAUGACCAUAGACGACAUUUACUUAGGGUGGAACAUACCCUCGUACAACCUGGAACCAAACACAUUUCUCACGUUCCAGGACCGCUUCAAGAUGAGACUUUGCGAGGAUAAGAGGAACCCUGUGCGCCGCACCAAGCUCGGAAAACAUCCUCAAAAGACGCUGUUUAUCAUCUUAGAGCGCAACAACAUGACGUACGUUGUGCAGCUGUUUCUACCGAGCAUUUUGUUCAUACUAGUUGCGUGGCUGAGCAUUCUUGUGCCGCCCACUAUGUUGCGCACGCGUCUUUUGCUCAACAGCACAAACUUGCUGACGGUGCUAUCCAUGUUCGUGGCCGUCUCCCACGCAGAAUCUACCUACAUCCCCAAGGUCAGCUACCUGACGGCUCUCAGUCUCUGGAUGUUCGUCUGCGUGGCGUUCGUCUUCAGCUCGAUGCUGGUCGUCAUCUUCGACAUCCGUCUGAUCGCGAUGUUGACGCAGCCGGCGGAGAAGCAGCGCGUCCGGAAGCUGGUGCUGGGCGUGUACCAGCGCCGGCGCAGCACGCGCCAGGGCUUCCAGUCGGUGGCCGACCUGGUGGAGGAGGAGGAGGCCGAAAACGCCUCGGCCGCCGCCGCCAUCGAGCGGCUGCGCAAGAUGCACAAGACGUCCAUCAAAGACGAGGAGGGCGACAUCUUCAUGGACGCCUCCAGCCAGUCGGUGGCCGCGCCGGACGUCGCCGAGAAGAAGGAGGUGGAGGGUCGACUGCGCCACCGGCGCCACCUCUGGCUGGAGCUGACCGCCUUCUACGAGCGCAUGUACCUGCUGGCGUUCCCGUCUCUGUUCACCGUGUUCAUGGUGGCGUUCUUCUGGUACUACCGGCGCCGGAAGCAGCUGAGUCUGGCGCACCUGCUGGACGUGGUGCGCGCCUCGGACGCCGAGCCGCGCGCCCCGGACGCCGAGCCCGGCUGCUGGUGCACCGACCACGACGACUGGCCCGGCUGCAUGCCGCAAGACCAGUAGCCGAGACGGCGCCGACCGGCCGAGGCGGCGCCGGCCGGCGGACGGGUCGCAGCCGACCGGCCGACCAAAGUCGGCCUUCAGAGCGGAGCCUUGCGGUGAUUUGGGCAUGCGCUCAUAAGUCAUAAGAAAUGUUUGAAACUUGUGCCUGUUUAACGCAGCGUUGCGCUGUUGUAUGAUAGAAAUUCAUUCUUGUACAUAUGUACAUACAUGCAUACAGGGCUCAUGCUGUCAUGGAUCCCGAAUGCCUUUUACCGA